ACUAGGCCGUGUGUUCCGCGUCCCGCGAUCCCCAGUGUAGGGCGCGUGGGGUCUGUGACAUUCUUGGAUCCGGGGAACCCUCGAGCGAGACCGCCCCGCAGGCGCCUGGGCGCGAGCGUUUCCGGGUCGCCGAGCCGCGGCGCAUGCUGGGACCAGGAGCCCGGGAUGGCUCGGGCCAUGGAACCCCUGGCGCGGAAGAUCUUUAAAGGAGUUCUAGCCGCUGAGCUGGCGGGUGUUCUUGGAGCUUAUUUUUUGUUUAAAAAGAUGAACUCCAGCCAAGAUUUCAGGCAAACAAUGAGCAAGAAAUUUCCCUUCAUUUUGGAAGUUUAUUACAAAUCCAUUGAACAGUCUGGAAUGUAUGGCAUUAGAGAAAAAGAUCAGGAAAAAUGGUUGGAUAACAAAAAUUAAGGAUUUGGUUCCUGAUCAAUGUUUAUUUUUACAAGAAACCAUCAGUAUCACUCAGGAUUAAAAUCCCACAGCUGACCUGGAUAGAGUUUGUAAUAUGUCUUAUUAUUUGGGCUUGAAAAGCUGACUGAAGUAUGUUUUACUUCAGUAAAUUUUUAUUUAUGUUACUGAAAAUAAAAUGUCUAUUAAAAACUUA